AUGAAAGAAUCAGACUACUUAACUACCAGGUUUUGACGUUUGGAGGGCUGCAUUUGGGAUCGAGAGUGAAAACUACCAAGUGCUGGUUCCGCAAGUCUUCUUCAUCAAGGUUUCCUCCACAGUCCAGUCCAGAGUAAAAGGGGAAGAUUUAUGUCUGUGAACUCGAACCAAGAAAUGGAAAAAUACAAAGAAGCAGACAAGGAUAAAGAAGCAGAAGCAAAGAAUGAACCAGAAAACCAAACCCACCAUAUCGAAAAAACUGAAUCAGAACCUGAACCAGAACAAGAAAAGCACAUCAACUCACACCCAACAUCACCCGCCACUCACUCUGUCCCUCCUCAUUCCCACCCAGACGACAAACCCCCGUCGCUACCAUUGGAUUCCUCAUUCCCUUCUUCACUUUCCUCCCACGGUCAUGACCUCAAUCACUCCUUCGCAACCGACCCAGCUGCCCCACCAGUGGCCGCGGUGAAUCUUCUGUUCCGGGCACACCCAAUGGCGGCAGGGGCCAAGUUGGACCCUGGAGCACAAGACGGCUUCCUCAGUUUCGGAGAAGUUGAAGCAAUCACUAUUAGCCCUGACGGUGCUAAUGGCGGUGGAGGUAACCUAAGGUUGAGACCAAAUCUUUCGAUACUGAGGAGGACGAGGUGGGACAACAUGGUGAAGAAGGCGUUGUUGUCGUCAAGAAUUUUUGGGUUUGUGCUUUGCUUGAUCUCCUUUUCGGUUAUGGCGGCUGACAAGGAUCAGGGUUGGGCUAUUGAGUCUUUCUACCGGUACAAGGAAUUAAGGUACUGUAUGGCUGUGAAUGUGAUAGGGUUUGCAUAUUCAGGGCUGCAAGCGUAUGAUCUAGUGAAUUAUAUCACCACCGGGAAACACAUAGUCUGGCACCCCCUCCGUCGUCACUUUGAUUUCUCAAUGGAUCAGAUGUUGACUUAUCUUCUGAUGUCAGCCUCAUCAUCUGCUGCCACCAGAGUUUAUGACUGGCAAUCCAACUGGGGUAAAGACAAGUUUCCUGAGAUGGCAGGUGCAUCCGUGGGAUUGUCCUUUGUUGCAUCUGUGGCCUUUGCCUUGAGCUCUCUCAUUUCUGGUUAUACCCUUUGUAAAGCCUCAUAGAUGAAGACCAUUGCCAGAUCAGUAUAUUAUUCAGUCUUAAAUUCUAAAUAUCCUGUCUUUCCGCUUCCUGAAGUGCUAGCAAUGGUAAAUUGUUGGAACGGGAGAUUAAUGCGAAAAAAACACUAUACAGCUUUUUUUCUCAAAAAAAAAAACACUUUAUAGCUUUGUAAAAAAAGAAACACUUAACAGCAUCUUGAGCCAUGGAUAUUAUCAUGGCCUCUUGAUAAGCAUAUAUUUCUGCAUGUCUGUCACCAAUA